AUGAUUGGCUGCGGCGACUUUUACAACCAAGAACGCGAGAAGGUAUGGUGUCCAUGGACGCAGCAUCCUAAUUUAGUCGACAAGUACAUUGUUCACGUCAUCGGGGACCCGGACGCGGAGGCAGAUUACACGCACCUGGAUGACUUUGCAAAUUUCCUUGUGGCCACACUUCUCAAACCCCAGAAAAGUGAGAACCAGUACUUGAACGUCGUCAGUGACACCAUCUCGCAUGCCAAGAUUGUGGAACUGCUACGAAUGUAUACGGGCAAGGAGGUGCAGUUGGAUGUGCAAAGUAGCGCUUUCCCCGUCGACUUUUGGUAUCUGGUCAAGGGACUGCAGGGAUUGGGCGAGCCUGUGAGGCCGAAGAGUCAAAUUCAUAAUGAUUUGUUUGAGGGUGUAAGAUACACGCCAUUUGAGUGGUACUUUAAGCAGAGGUUUGGAAAGGGUGAGAAGUUGUAG